AAGGGCUAUGGCCACAACAGUUGACUUACUUCGAGAUCAUUUUUUCUCAGAAACUGAGAUUACAAAUCCACUCCUUAUCUCACUGAGAUAAAACACCACUGAAUGGGCCAAACCUGAAAAAUACAAAAAGCCCUUCCAUGAAAAUGUCCUAAAUCAAAAGUACAGUCACACUGACUUGUUAUCAACCGAAAGACAUAGGAUCUCUUUCCAAAGCACAGGAUCUCCAUGGAUUGGAAGCAAUCAGUUUCCCAUCUCAUGCUCUUUCUACCGUUGGUUUUCACCCUUGAGAUUCAGACCAUCAACUCCAUAAAUGAGCUGAAAGAAGAUGACUUUGGAAAAUCCUUCCCCCAACAUGGCCUCCUGCUCCUUUACUGGUUCACCUCCCUCAUAGAUAUCGACCAAAUUGGCAUCAUUCGCUUCAAGAAAGGAAGUUAUGAUCUGGUCACUGACUACCCAUUUCAACUUAUAGAAAACCCAGGUUACCUUCCAUACAUCAUUCCAACGGGACAAAGUGCUUACUACUCAGUCGAUGACUUGGAAGAUGGUUUUGUCAACUACUUGCCUUUUUACAUCACCCAAGACUUUUACAAUUUCAAAAACCACGAGGGACAAACUGUAGACAGGCUCAUCAUUGUGAUAGAUAAGUGGUACACACCAGUCAGGGUAGACCAGGUGUAUAUCUCCGAGGCAUCGAAAUACAACCCUCCAAAUGUGACCAAUGGCAAUAUCACUGCCACGUACAAAGUGGGUGCCCAGGUCCUUCGUCAGAUCACAACUCUGACCAACCCACUGGACUGCCAGAACAAGUUCUUGAAGGAGAUCUUCCCUCACCUCGGCUUCGGUCUGACUCUUGCUGAGAGCAUGUUUGGUCAGCCGGGUCUCCCCUUGUUCCUGGCGUUAUCAGGAUAUGACCUCGAGGGCCGAUACAAUAUCACAGCGCAAACGUGGUCCUGCCCGCUGGUGCCAGCUGAGGGCAGGAAAUCCUUGUGCGACACCAGUAAGCUAGAGCUGGCCAUCAGGACCAGCCAUGAAGGCCACGCCGUAAUCAGCUGGCACGGACUACCCAGCAGCAUCUUGAAAUCACACACCACGGUGGCACUGUUCCAGAGCAGUGACCGCGGCGGCCCAUUGGUGGAAAAGAGGAUCGACGGUCAGGCGUCGGGCGCUCUGGAGACCGCGGUGGCCCUCGACUCCGGCCUCCAGAUCCACCUGAUCAAACAGGAUGUCAGCGACACCACCAUCUGGCGAGGCCCCACGUUCAGCGAUGCCAACCGGCAGCUUCCUGUGCAGGUGGGAAACGCCAGCGCCAGCCUGAUGCUCUUCACGCGCAAAGGCUACGCCGCAGCCCGACUCUUCAUUAGGAAGAGCUACGCCACCUGGAAGGACGACUUCUAUUACUCUUGGGUGGCCUUCUAUUCCAGUCCCGACGAGACCAAUGAGAACUACUUGAGCCGCCAGUGGCAAUGGGUCACUCAUUUCAGAAAACAUAAACUUCUCAGUCUGGUCAUCUAUGAUGUUUAUGAGUAUGUAUCUGGAACGGCCAUCACCCCAGGUAUCCAGGCACGUUUUUUUUUAAGUGAAUAUGAUGAGGUGGCUCGUACAAAGGCAUGGGAUAUGUGA